UUAUAAGGCUUAAACUGUUCAAGGUGUCGACAACGGUGUUGAAAUUUUCGUUAACAACAUGAAGUCCAGUUUUGUGUUUGUGGUUCUGGUCAGUGCGGUGCUGCAAUACGUUAACGCGUCGGCCAUUCCGGUCUGGGAGUUACUCAAGAAGGAGGAAAAAAUGUCCUUUAUAUACUCCAUCUUCGCCAAGGAAGUGGAUAAAAUAUGCGAAGUGGAAACUUCCACCACGUGCAGCAAGGACUUGCUCAAAUACGGACUGCACAUGCUCAAAAGCAUGUCGUUGGAGCAACUAGAUGCGAUGGAUCCGUACCAACGUGGCGCCAACAACUUAAUCUGGGAGACCAUCAUGUCGGGCCACGACUUGGAGAAGACCACGCCAAAGCAAAAGUCCUCCACCACAGCUAAGCCGAACAGCUACGAAGACGAAUCGCUGGGCUUCGACAGCCAGGAAGAGGAGUCGGCCAAAAUCGAGAACAUCUACAAGGUGGUGCCACCCAAGGACUUCGUCUUCCAAGUAGAGAAGGACGCACCAAUAAUGAUGCAAAUCUACAAAGUGAUCUCGUUCCUGAACCACUUCGACGAAAGGAAGAGCGUUGAGGAGAAAAUACCCCCGCAGGAGCAGGUCUAUGCGGAAGAUGAAGACCUGAAGCAGUACCAAAUCACCAAGAUGAAACUGCCAAAUUUGUAAACUUUGUCGUUUCGAAUUUGUUGACUGCUUUAUUCAGAUCUCAGGAUUAAUUUAUUUGUUAUUUUUUUUUGUAAAUAUUUGUAGAUAUUAGUGUGGUUGUAUGAUUUUGUUUUGGCUGUGUGUACCCAAUUCGAUUGGUCGAAAUUCCUAUUUUAGUGUGAUACGUUUUAAAUUAAGAAUAAAUUAUUGUUUCAGAUUAUUUAAUUGUAUUUUUUUAUCAUGAAAAAUUAGUCAAAAAAUAAUGAAAAGAAUAAAUAAACACAUAUAUGAUAAGU